AAAAUCUAUUAAAUAAAAUCUAAAUAAUAAAAUAAUACAACAAAUGGUUAUUUGAAGAUCUCACGUGGCGAGAGAGAAGAUUUAAUAGAAAAUAAUCAAUUAAGUGGGAUUUUUUUAAAGUAAAACAAAUGCCAGCUAAAAAAAUACAUAUAAUUUAAUUAUAAUAAAAACAGUGGCAACAGCAUCGCCCCCACUAACCAACCACAACUACCAGAACUUAGUGAAAACAACAUCGCCAUAACUUGCCACCACUGCAACAACAAAAGAGUCAUCGAAGUAACAAACUGUUGAAAUUGAAUUUAAUUCAAGGUAAAAUUUCAAACCAAAUAAAUUCUGACAUUUUCUGUUUGCCACCACACAACUGCCACAAUACACACACAAUUUCCAGAAAGUUGAGGUGUCAGGAUAGAAAAACACAAUCUACUCGCUCGCAUCUAGAAGAAAAUACGACAUCGAUAGCGCAACAAUAACAAAAUUAUGGAUGCACCCGAUUUGCGUGCAUUAGUCGACAGUUUAACGGAUGGCAGAGCCACCGAUCUGUCUGAUGCAUUUGCAAACUUUUCAACGGAAAUGUUAGAGCAGGCAAAUGCUCUAUUGGCGGCAACAGCAACAUCCAGUAGUGGUCUCCUUGACACUGACACCAAUACGGAUGCUGCAUUAAUACAUUUGGAGGAUAUUGAAGUGGCAGCGGCCUUGGCGCUGAGUAACACAGACACACUGGUUAAUCGAACUCUCGAAAUGCAGUGUUUGCGACAACAGCAACAGGAUGAACGAACUGCCGCCAGCACAUUAACCAGUCCUAUGAGUUUUAUAUCCUGCCCUGCAUCAUUUGAUUCUGUGCUCUGUUGGCCGCGUACACCAGCCGGCUCCUGGGCCAUACUGCCAUGUUUUGAGGAAUUCAAAGGAGUUCAUUACGAUAGUACACAAAAUGCAACACGUUUUUGUUUUCCCAAUGGCACAUGGAAUAAUUACACUAACUAUGAUAAAUGUCAUCAUGCGGUUGAAAUGCCGGCAGUGCCAGAUUUUUCACCAGGCGUUGAAUUGCCCGCUUACAUCUACUGUUGCGGUUAUUUUAUAAGUUUUGCUGCUUUAGUUUUAGCUUUAAUUGUCUUUUUAUGUUUCAAAGACUUGAAAUGCCUUCGAAAUACAAUUCAUGCGAAUUUAUUUUUAACCUACAUACUGUCAGCAUUAUUAUGGAUUUUAACGUUAUUUUUGCAAGUGAUGACAGAUCAUGCCAGUCCUGCUGGUUGUAUUACAUUGGUCAUGAUGUUUCAUUAUUUUAAUUUAACAAAUUUCUUUUGGAUGUUUGUGGAAGGUCUUUAUUUAUACACUCUGGUAGUACAAACAUUUUCUAGUGAUAAUUUAGGAUUCCUACAAUACGCUUUAAUUGGCUGGGGUUGUCCGGCUAUUAUAAUAUUUGGCUGGUCUAUUGCCAAAGUUUAUGCGCCUGCAUUGGAUAGUGGCAGUUUCAAUGGGUUGGAUAUUGAAUGUUCCUGGAUGCGUGAAUCUCACAUUGACUGGAUAUUUCAAGGACCUGCCUCGUUGGUUUUAACACUUAAUUUAAUAUUUCUAAUACGCAUUAUGUGGGUGCUUAUAACGAAAUUACGUUCUGCCAAUACCUUGGAGACAAGACAAUAUCAUAAAGCCUCGAAAGCUUUAUUGGUAUUGAUACCAUUGUUUGGCAUCACAUACCUUUUGGUAUUGGUUGGACCGGAACAGGGCAUUAGUCGUAAUUUAUUUGAAAUUACAAGAGCCUUCUUAAUAAGUACCCAAGGUUUUUUCGUUUCCUUAUUCUUUUGCUUUCUCAACUCAGAGGUACGUCAAACGCUGCGUCAUCGUGUAGUCAGAUGGCGUGACAAUCGCAACCUGAGACGUGGAAAUUCUCAAAGGAAUCGCAGACAUCGUUUAUCCAAAGACUAUUCACAAAGAUCAAGAACUGAAAGUUUACGAUUGACUUCUACAAGUCCUAUAACUACUGCACAUUUUGAGUAAAUGUGAUUUAACAUUGUUUCUAUUAAAUCUAUAAAUUUAAGCAUUAAGAAUUUAUUAAAUAGUUAUUUGUCUUUUUGAAAAUAUAUGUAUACAAAAUGAAUUCAUUUCGUAUAAAAAUAUUUGAAACGAAUUCAUUUGGUAUUUAAAACAAAACAUGCAGUAAUAAUUCAUACAUACAUUAGGAAGGCCCACUACAAGAUUAGUUCUGGUCCAACUGAGGUCUUAAUAACAACUGGAAGAAUUUCCAUGUGUAUGUAUGUAUAGUAAGGUGGCCUUUACUAUUAAGUGAUUUAAAUUUUCGAUCCUCUAAAGGUCUAAAAUUGAUCUCCGUCAUCUAAAUGCCAAAUGCGGAAAAUAUGUGCAAAAUCGGAUAAGGUUUGAGAUGACACAUUUAAUUUGAUACUCUGUUCUUAAGUAAUGCGUAUCCCAGAGAGAGCGUUCUGCAUCGAUCGGAACUAUAAGGCGGGUGAGGUGAAACUUCCCAACCACACGCAGAGA